GCACUGAGGGAGGGAGAGCUCUCCUACUCUGUCCUACUGCGCAUUUCGCAAUGAUAUAGGUCUAUUUGUUCUCUGGCAAAGCAAGAGGGGCUGGGAAACUCAUUCGCUCUCUGUCGUUGGUAAUUGUUUUUUUUCUCCUAACUGGUUGAAAUCCGUCGUGAGUUCCUUCUUACAAGAAGAAGUAGGCUGAGAUUCCUACGGCGCUGAAUGAGAGAGAGAGAGAGAGAGAGAGAGCGAGAGAGAGAGAGACGGAGCGAAAGAGAGAGAGAGACGGAGCGAGAGAGAGAGAGUCCUUUAUAUUGUAGAUGUGGGAGCAGCUCUCAAUAUGAGCACACAGCUCGGAGGGUGAGGACCAUCAGUAACAGCAUCAUCAGCACCAGCAGCAGCGGCAGCAUCAGUCCCCGCGAUGGAUUGUGUUCUGUGCAACACUUUGUGUGCGUGGAGAUGGAGGCCGUGAAGGCAGAUAGAUAACAAUUAGGAUAGCAUAUUAAACUCCAAUACCCGUGCUUGUGAUUUAAACCGUGAUUUCAAUCUAUCAGGAAAGUUAAUUUCGGGCACUUUUAUGAUUCCGCGUCGCAUUGCUACCGCUGGGCACUUCAACAGGGCAUCAGCUGUGCUCAUCUCCGCGACAUAUUUCUGACUAUUCUAAGUGGCAGCUAUUAGACCUGACUGAUGACACUCUGUUAUCGGGAUUUCGUUUCCCUUUUGCGCCCGGACCCCAACCAAGCCUCAUAUUCUGAUUCGGCAGAGUAUGUCUUUGGAGGAUAAGCGUGGCAGCAAGGGCUUAUCAUUCACUCCGAUGGGGAUAGAGGAUAAUAACAUGAGGAACGGCAGAGGCCUGUCGGACCAAUGGGCUGAUAGCAUGGUGGUUCGGCCCCGGACCACGGAGCGAAGCAUCACCGUCCACAAGAAACUGGUCCUGGGGUUCGCCAUCUCCAUCCUCACCCUCAUCGUGGUCACGGCCAUCGCGGUUCUCCUCAGCGUCCGGUUCGAGGAGUGCGCUGGGGAGAGCAGCUCACGAGGGGGAAAUGGCUCUAACGCCAAGUUCAACGGGUCACGGGAUGGGAACGGGAACCACAAAGAUGAAGAAGCCCAGCCGUGGAGACACCUCCGGUUACCGACAUCUCUCCGGCCCCGGCACUACGACCUGCGUCUCUCAGUGUACAUGGAUAACUUUACUUUCUCCGGGGAAGUGAACAUUGAAUUCGAGUGUGUGAACUCUACCAAAUUCAUAGUGCUUCACACCGACCGCCUCGAGGUGGAGAAAGUGGCGGUUUACUCGGAUAAUAAAAAACCUGGUGUCAUGAGAAUCCACCGCCAAUUCCAUUACCCGGGAAACCAGGUUUAUGUGAUCGCUUUGCACAGGGAACUGAAGCCCAUGAGGACGUAUAAAGUAAACAUUACGUUCGACGCUCAAAUAGAAAGUGAACUCCUGGGAUUUUUCCGCAGCUCAUAUAUGCUGCAGGGAGAGAGAAGGUACAUGGCGGUGACACAGUUCUCCCCCACCCACGCCAGAAAGGCCUUUCCGUGUUUUGAUGAGCCCAUCUACAAGGCCACGUUCCGGGUCAGCCUGGGACACGAUGCGUCCUACCUCUCUCUCUCCAACAUGCCUGUAGAGGCCUCCAUCUCUGAUGAUGAUGGCUGGGUGACCAACCACUUCUCCAGGACUCCUCGUAUGUCCACCUACUACCUGGCCUGGGCCGUCUGUAACUUUACCUACAGAGAGGUGACCACUGACAGUGGAGUGGUGAUCCGGCUGUAUGCCAGGCCCAACGCCAUCCAGAGCGGAGCGGGUGACUACGCUCUCCACAUCACAAAGAGACUCCUCCAGUUCUAUGAGGAUUACUUCAAAGUCAAAUACUCCCUGCCCAAAUUAGACCUGCUGGCUGUGCCCAAGCACCCCUACGCUGCCAUGGAGAACUGGGGUCUGAGUGUGUUUGUAGAGCAGAAGAUCCUACUGGACCCAGAGGUCUCAUCCUUCUCCUACCAGAUGGAGCUAACCAUGGUGGUGGUUCAUGAGAUCUGCCAUCAGUGGUUUGGUGACCUGGUAACCCCCGUGUGGUGGGAGGAUGUCUGGCUGAAGGAAGGCUUCGCCCACUUCUUUGAGUACGUUGGAACCGACUUCCUCUUCCCCAAAUGGAACAUGGGUGCUGCUCUGAUCAGGAUGCUGGCUAACGUCAUGGGGCAACAGGUGUUCCAGAGAGGACUCAAUGAUUACUUGAUGACACACAUGUACAGCAACGCGGGCAGAGACGACUUGUGGAACAAACUGACUGAGGCCAUGCAGAAGGAAGGGAAGGACAUCAACAUUAAGGAGGUGAUGGACUGCUGGACCCUCCAGAUGGGUUAUCCUGUUGUGACCAUCAGUAAGAACUACAGUCUGGACCACAGCGUCACCAUCACACAGGAACACUUUGUCUACGACAGGGACGCCAAGUUCAGAGACCCUGACCUUUUCAACAGAAGUCUACAGUGGCAGAUUCCUCUGACUUUAGCAGUGGGGAAUUCGACUUACAAAUCAUCAGAAGUCAUCCUCUGGAUCUCCAAUAAAACAGAGACACACAAAGUGGGCCGGAUGGACGAUGACAUGUGGUUGCUAGGCAACAUCAACCAGACUGGGUACUUCCGGGUGAACUACGACCUCCACAACUGGAGGCUCCUCAUUGGACAGCUGAUGACCAAUGCUGAGAUCAUCUCUGUCGGCAACAGGGCGGGGCUCAUCGAUGAUGUCUUCAAUCUGGCCAGGGCUGGCUACCUGCCCCAGAACGUGCCCCUCCAGAUCAUCUGCUACCUGCCCCAGGAGAGAGAGUUCCUCCCCUGGCACGCUGCCAGCCGCUCCCUCUACCAGCUGGACAAGCUGCUGGACCGCACAGAGGACUACAGUCUCUUCAGUGACUUUGUGCUGAAGCAAGUGGCCUCAAAGUACCACAAGAUGGGCUGGCCCUUGGCUCUGACAGAAGGCUCCAUCAUACAGGCCUCCUACCAGACUGAAGAGCUGCAGAGAGAGGUGAUCAUGCUGGCAUGUAGUUUCGGGAACAAACACUGUCACCGCCAAGCCGUGUCGCUCAUCUCUGAUUGGAUCUCCAGCAACAAGAACAGGAUCCCUCCCAACGUGCGUGACAUAGUGUACUGUACAGGCGUGUCUCUGAUGGAUGAGGACGUGUGGGAGUUUAUCUGGAUGAAGUUCCACUCCACAACAGCCAUCUCAGAGAAGAAGGUUCUCCUGGAGGCUCUCACCUGCAGCGACAAUGGCUUCCUGCUCAACCGGCUGCUGAAUCUUUCUCUGAGCUCAGAUUUGGUCCCAGAUCAAGAUGUCAUCGAUGUCAUCAUCCACGUGGGAAGGAACCCGCAUGGAAGACACUUAGCCUGGAGGUACUUCAGGGAGAAGUGGGACAUCUUGAAUUCACGGUACGGAGAGGCGUUAUUCAUGACUUCUAAGCUAAUCAGUGGGGUGACUGAAUUCCUAAACACAGAGACGGAGCUGAAUGAGCUGAAGGAGUUUAUCCAGAUCAGUGGAGGUGGAGCGGGGCCGGCGUUGGCCCGGGCCGUGGAGAUCGUGGAGGCCAACGUGAGAUGGCACAGUCUCUACGAACGCCAGAUCUUCCAGUGGCUAAGGAAGUCUCCCAACGGUUAACACACAGCCAACAGGGUUCAGCCCAAGCAUGGCAUCUCUCUGACACUAUUACAGACCCAACAACAUCAGGCGGAGAAAAAAAAUAUCAGAAAACAUGAAUAUGUUAAUUUGAAUUGCAAAAUAAGACAUUUCCCCGGCCUCCCCCCCCCCCAAAAAAAAAAAAACUUGAUGAGAAAGUCACUGGCAAACCGGAGAGAGAGGGAACAGUGAAGACAGACGACGUGAUUGGCUCAGAUGACCUUAGUCUGACCGACCGUUUGGACGGUGGAUUUGAUUAGGUAUAAAUAUUGCAUGGUGGCUUUCAUCUCCAGUGACAGUUUCCUUUUUUCAACGCAUGGUUUUCCACCCCUCUGAUUGGUUGUCCACUAAGCUGACCCCUGUGACCUUUUCAAUGACCUUUGAACCUCCGGUCAACUCUUUAGUAGCCUAUGAGGAGAAAGACAAACUAGAGCUACAAGAGGCACGGGAAGAGGACCUGGCGGCAUUAUGAUACAACUGGGACAAACACAAGUAUUAUCAUUUUUGGUUCAAUGAUGACAAUCAUUAUUUUGAUUGGGACAACAACAACAAACACAAAUAUAAAUUAUAACGAAAUAAAAGAAUAUGUGUACCUAAAUGUUUUGGACCUUAACCUUCUCUUUUGAGCCAUACUGAGGUGGACUUUGUGACGUCUGGAACAUUUAGACAGGGGGACGUGGCGGCUGAAGUGAUGUUCAUUGUUGUGCGUGGUGUGUUCCAUAAUAACUUAUCCUCCUUCCUCAGCCAAUAAGGUUUCCCUAAAUGACAUUACGCCAGGGGAAGACUCUGCCGAACCCAGGAGGCAGGUUGGAAGCAGGAACAAGGGGACUCCCCAUAACCCGAAGGAGUCACUAUUGAUUAUUGAUCGAUUAUCGUUAAAUGACAUCAUUUAUAUUUGCUGAUUAACACCGGAGUCUCCUUUGGAUUAUACCGUCUUGGUGUUUGAGUGAAAAUAAAAAAUGAAACUGUUGUGAGUUGCAGGUUGAUAUUCUGUGUGCAAAAUGGUCCACGUUGCUGAUGGGACUGAGAGCCAGUGGAUACAGUCUGUGUGAGCCGCGGUGUAGUAAUGCUGACAUAUAGAAACUUACGUUGUUUUGGUCAAACGUCAUGCUUGGGUUUUCAUGUGCCGCUAAUUACUUCAUAAAAAAGUUUCACUCAGAAACCGUAUUUUAAGCAAAAGCUGAGAAAAUAUGCUCCUGACAGAUAUUACUAGUUUUGUUGCUACCCUGCAAAGCCCAGGAAACUUAACAGGCCGAUGCUAACAGCUAGCUGGAAAUACUCUGUGGACUCGUUUCAUGAAGAAUAGAACAUAAUAAUGAGUUUUUACUGUUGACACUUGGCUGGUAGAGCAAAUCCCCAUUGGGUUUACUGGGGAGUCCAUUGCUCUUAUUUUCUGUGUAAAAGUCAGUGCUAUUUAUAUCCUCUAUGGCUAAUCCCUGAUACUGUAGACCUCAAGAAGAAAACCGUUGCAGCCCUUCACCAUCUUUUCCUUUCUUGUUGUUGUUUUGAUGUGUUAAAAAAGUUGUUUUUUUCUAAAUGAGGGACUAUAUUGUUCUGUGUUUUGAGCAGAGCAGCAAUGGGAUUUUAACGCUGAUAAAUAAAUUAUUUUGUACAGUAA